GCCUAAGCGCUUACCAGGCGCCAUUUUGUGUACUUCUCCACGUUGACCUUAGCAGUGGUUCUGAAACAAAAUAUUGUUAUUCCUCCUAACAAAAGUAAUAAAACUGCAGAAUGUCUCGGGAUCGUUUCAAGAACCGCACCGGAUUCCAGAGGCGAGGUGGUAUGAGCCCUCCAUUCCGCGGCGGCAACCGCAACAAUGCGCCCAACCGCCCCAACGGAGCGGGAAACCCGGUGGAGGCCCCCAAGCAACAGCCAACACCCUCGUCGCAGAGCCAGGUGACAGCUCCGGCGCAGACUCCGCCUCAGAAGUCGUCCGCUCAGGGCUCGCAGAAGUCUCAAGAGCCCGACAAGAAGAACGGCGACGCCGCGACCGCUCAGUCCCCUGGCGCGGCCCGGAGCGGAGGCGGCGAGAGCAAGUCGGCUUACCCGGGCGGCGAGGGCCAGAGCCGGCAGCAGCGUGAGUCGAAGAGCGAGAUGGAGAGUCGCCAGGCGCAGGACGUACUGCGGGCCCAGUUAUCACUGCUCCGGAAGCCCGGCGAGAAGACCUACACCCAGCGGUGCCGCCUUUUCGUCGGCAACCUGCCGAGCGACAUCACCGAGGAUGACUUCAAGAAACUAUUCGAGAAAUAUGGCGAACCCGGCGAGGUUUUCAUCAACAAAGGCAAGGGGUUUGGCUUCAUCCGGCUGGAAAGCAGAACUUUGGCUGAAAUAGCCAAAGCUGAACUUGACGAUACACCGAUGAGAGGCCGGCCACUUCGCAUUCGUUUUGCCACUCAUUCUGCUGCACUGACUGUCCGCAAUCUUUCCCCUUAUGUUUCAAAUGAAUUGCUAGAGGAAGCUUUCUCUCAGUUUGGUCAAGUGGAGAGAGCCAUUGUGAUUGUCGAUGAUCGUGGGAGAUCAACAGGCAAAGGCAUAGUUGAAUUUGCUACAAAACCAUCUGCACGAAAGGCACUUGACCGAUGUAGUGAGGGUGUAUUCCUAUUAACAGCAUCUCCUCGUCCAGUAAUCGUGGAACCAAUGGAACAAUAUGAUGAUGAGGAUGGCCUUCCAGAGAAACUUGCCCAAAGGAAUCCAAUGUAUCAAAAAGAACGAGAGCAUCCUCCUCGUUUUGCUCAGCAUGGAACAUUUGAGUUUGAAUAUUCCCAGAGGUGGAAGUCACUUGAUGAAAUGGAAAAACAGCAAAGAGAGCAAGUUGAAAAGAACAUGAGAGAGGCAAGGGAUAAGCUGGAAAAUGAGAUGGAAGAUGCAUACCAUGAACAUCAGGCAAUGUUGUUGAGGCAGGAUCUCAUGCGGCGCCAAGAAGAGCUGCGGCGCAUGGAGGAGCUCCACAGCCAAGAAGUUCAGAAGCGCAAACAGCUUGAGUUGAGGCAAGAGGAAGAACGUCGUAGAAGGGAAGAGGAAAUGUUGAUGCGGCAAAGAGAAAAAGAGGAGAUGAUGAGGCGCCAGAGGGAGGAGAACUUCCGCAUGGGCUACAUGGAUCCUAGAGAGCGUGAAAUGCGAAUGGCUGGAGGAAUGACAGAACAAUAUACUACAGCAAAUCAAAGCUUUCCACCAAUGGCAGCUAUGGCCUAUGAAGGCCACAGUACAUUAAGCAACCCUGGAGGACCUAGUGCGAUGACUGGACAGAUGAUGAGCACCAGUGCGAACACCAGCGACAUGGCAGGGCGUAAUGACCGCUUUGGACAGGGUGCCCCAGGUCCAAUGAAUGCUCAACCCCCACGUCCUAUGGGGCCUACUGGUCCCAAUUUUAGUAGAGGGAGAGAAGAAUACGAAACAGCUAACAAGAAGCCUAGAUACUAAAAUUUAUAGCUCCACCUUAGUGUGCAUUCCAGAUAGUCUCAUUUAGAUGAGAACUCUUCAUAAUUGCGUUUUUUAGUUGGUGGCAAAGUUGCAUUUUAUGCCUAUUCAGAUUUGUGUAUUGACUAAACUUUGUAAACUGUAACAAUUCACGCUGGCACAUUGUGAAUGUUGAAUUAUGUCAAGCAAGUGAUAGUGCAAACCGGCAUCUAUUCCAGUUCUUCAACUGUAAACUGAAGUGCCAUUAAACCUCUAGAAAGUAUGCUCCAUGUAUUUUUGAGUCAUUGUAGAAGCAUGCUAAAUUGUGUAGGCUAAAUGCUUGUUUUGAAAUGGUGGAAUUCUGUAUUUUGGUCAUCUUUUUAAAUUAAAACUCAUUCAUAGUGCUAAUUUGAAAUGAGUUGUUUUUAACCAAGAGCAAAGUGUUGAUUUGAGGCAAAUUGUCAACUUCCAUAAGUGGAACAAAGUAUUGCUGACUAUUGCAAACUCUGUGUCACUUAUCAAAGUUAAUUGCACAAGUAAGGAGUUGGGAAUCAAGUGCACUGUAAACACCACUAGCAGUUGUCUGGUUUUUAAUGGUAAAGAUUUUUUAUAACCUGAAAUCUGACCAUUGUAUUGAUGCAAUUUGCAGUGGGUCUAAGAGCCCAGCAGUGUUUUGUUUCCAUGCACAAUCAAUGGGCAGCCAGUAUAUGGAUUUUGUUUUUUUGUUAGUGCUAUUAAUUCAAAUUGUUGUCAAAGAUGAUUUUCCUAAUAGAACAUUUCUAAUUAGAUUUUACCUCAACUUUUAAAACUCUUCUCUUCUGAUUCUAGUGUUGGGUAAAGUUGGACUAAUGACAUUUCUUCCCAGAAACUUGCAAGCACACCCAGUCUGGGGUGGCAGUGAGAUCCACUGACAAGUCCAAGUUUCUGAUUUGGCAACUAGAUUUCAGAGCUUUGCAUGUUCUCAGAUAUUGGGAGGUUGGGAUGAUUAUGCUGCAGCUGGUAUUUAAGAUAAGUGUAUUGACAAAUGCUAAGCACAGCUUUUAGUUUUUCGUGUUUCAACUUAAAAUAACCGAACAUUAAAGCUGACAUUCUGUGAUUGCCAGCUUUGUAUCAUUUCAAGUGACCUUUUCCAUGUAAACCUAGAUUGAAGCUGUAACCUUGGAUGCAAGUCUGCUUCUGCCCACACAGUGCUUUUUAUUUAAGAUGGUUUCAUGUAGCAAUUGGGCACCCUAACUGACAAUUUUUCGUUGUCCCAUGGAAACUAAAUCUCAUUGUAGUGGCUCACUGAAACUUUUGGUGUUGAGUUUGAUUCAUGGUUUAGCAAGAAGUAUAUCUACUAUAUUAGGAUGAGGAAGUAGAAAGUACCUGGGGUAGAGAGAUUGCUUUCCUUAAAGGAUUUCACAAGCUGUUUGCUUUUCUGCAAUUUGGCAUAUGCCUUCUACAUCCCAGAAGUCACUUGUCUAGUUAUGGCAAACGUUUGGGCUUGCUAGUGUUUUGGGCAAAUUUUCUAAUUUAAAAAAUUUAUAGCUGCUGUGCUUUUUCUAGUUAAUUUUGCACAAUUUCAAGUAGUCAUAGCAUGUCCCAGCUUGUGUUUGAACUGUUUCUUACUGUUUCUUUCUGUUUCUAUUUGAGGCAGUUUAAUGCUGUCUACCCUGUUCUAAGUUAAUUAGUGGAUUAGAAAUGACAGCUCAUAGUACAAUCUCAACUUGCAGGUAAAGACCCUAUAUGGCUUGCUGCUAAAUGACAUUGGUUGUCUUGCCAUGUGAUGCCAUAAAGAUGUUACCAUUAUUCCCAAUGCUCUAGUGAUGGUUAAUUACUAUGUCCUAUCCAGUGGAUUCUUUUCAGUGUUAGGCCUGUAAACCAAUUUAUUGGGUUUUGUAAGAAACAGAAAUUUGAACCAUCAUAUCCCAGUUCUAAAGUUUGGAAUUCUGGAACUUGAGCAAUAUGUAUUGGGGUAGUCAAUACAGUGCAAACUCGUGCACAAUAUUUUGCAAUACCCAGGAGUUACUGAUACUGAUGCACAUUCUUUUAUCUUUGGACCUAAUGCAUCACCAACUACACCAAACCAUUUUGCAAAAUCUAUUUGGACUUGGAUUUUUUUUUUAGUUACGUGUUGCCUAUGUGGUUAUUCAGGUUCUACAGACAGCUUUGCUGUGAAGUUGGGACAGUAUCUUAAAAGUGCUCUGAAGACUAACUGAUUUUUAGUUUCUAUUUAAAUUUAUACCUGAUGAAAGAUUUUCUCUGAAAGAUCUGCUAUUAAUGAUCCAGAAAGCCUUUUAUAAUCUACUGACCUGAUAGGGGUCCAACUUUUAACUUGUGAAAGUUUCACUUAAAAUUAUUGAUUUGAGAAGUUGGUCCUUUUGCAUCGUGAAUGACUAAUUGGAAAAUUUCAAUAAUGGGAAUCCAGUAGCACGAUCUGGAAGGUGCAGAUCUGCUCAUAAGAAAGAAUUUGCAACAGGAUACCUGGACCAGCAGAACGUGACUUCUAUAUCUUCUGCCUGUAGAAGCUGAAGAGCUUCAAUGGGUAACUGGAAACCAAGCAGUUACAUGCUGUGCCAACAAAUAAUUGCUGUUUAGCAUUGUGAUAAUGGUAAGUGUUAAAAACUUAUUUGUGGGGAUGGGAGGUGGGGCAUGUUUGAAUAUAUAAUCAAAUCUACUUGUACUCCAUUUACAUGGCCCUGCUAGGCUGUAGUUUUCUAGUGAGGGCAGCUUGCUUUAAUCAAUUGUUGAGUUCGUAUUCCUGAACAUGUGCUGCAGUUCAAGACCAGAUUUUUUUAAUCAAAAUUCUCAGAUUUAAUGUUGCCUCACUAAGAGCUGCUUAGUUGCGACUAGGCUUAAAGUUCUUGAUCAGGGUUUCGAAGUAAAAAUGUCCCAGGGUAAGCAAUGUGGUUGAUUGCAAAUGUGGGUAUUUGCCCUCUUAAUCUUGUAAUUAGUCACAGUUGGCCCAUGUGGAUUUAAAUGAUCAACUACUCUGGCUUGCUGUUUAGUAACUUACAGGCUUGCAAUAAUAUUUCUGUUCCCUUAAAGUUGCUGCAUUUGAAUAUGGGUCUCAUAAGUAGGUUUAGCAUAUUUUGGUUGGGAAUGAUACGACAAUCCAGGGUUCUACCUUCAAAUCUAUAAGGUUACUUGAUCGGUUCAGUUUUGUGAUGCUCCUAACUAGGGGCUUUUGUGAACCCUUUUGAGUUCACUUGUUAGGGGAAUUUUCAAUUCUUUAUUUAGGUGGCGCAAGCAGAGCUUGGAACUAUUUUUUGAAAUGCCCCUUUUCUAAUUAUGGCACAACUCAUGCAUUUGGUUGCAAUGGGUAUGUUAUUAGUGAAUUCUUUCAUUUUUGAAAUUAAAGCAAAGUCUUUGACCUGAGGCUUACUUAGUAUACUUCUUAUAAUACUUAGUUUAUGAUAGCAGUUAAUCUGCAUACGUACUGUAAAGGAAAGUAGUUGUUGCCAUUUUGGUAUUCAGGUGCUUGAAUUUUGCAAUGCCCAUUACAUCUGGGAACAAAUUGAAUAACUUGUCUUCCCCAGUAUUCUUCAGUGGAAGUUAUAACAGUUUCAGAUUCUCAGGUCACAUGGCAACGCAUCUGAGAGUUACAAGCCAGCAAGUGGCUGCUGGCAGCCAUUGUGCUGCACCCUUGCAAGUAAUGCCACUCUACAGCGAAUAAAUACAGUCAGCUUGUCUGCAAUACAUUACAUUGAGGAUCUGUAGUACUGCAAAUGGGAUUGGGCAGUAAGACCUGGAGAAUAGUAUUCCUGCUUGUUCUGCGGUACACAGUACAGACUGCAUACAGGUAUGUACAAAUAACUUGUUAAAAUGUCUUUCGUAAUUUCUUAAAUCAGUGAAAUGGUUCAGGCAUCACCCUUCUGACAGAGUGAUUACAGUGCAGCACUUUUAGUUGUUUGUUGGCAUUCAAUGCUGAUUGGUAUCAAUGAUACAUAGCAGCCCAAGUGAUGUACAGCUACUAGUCCGGCUUUCAAAUACUGUACCACAACAUUAAGAUCGGAAUGCAUCUGUGGAUUGCAAACAAAUGGUUAGAUGUGCUUGCUGUCUUCAAUUGUACUUCUGGCUUCAAGAACCUGUUAUGUGACUUAGGCUUUAAAUAGGAAGGUUGUAGCUUGUCUGUUCAACUUUCCCUUUUUCUAAAAGCUGCAUUUGCAUUUUAAGCUUUACCAGGGCCAUCAAUGAAGCAACAUGAUCGACAUAAAUUUGCAAAAGAUCACAGUGCGAUAACUGAAAUGUCAAUUGUAAUUUUGUUUGGGGUUUGGAGAAGGGGAGGGCUGGGUGUGUAAUUGCCUGCAACUACAGAGGCAGCUUGAUCUGCCAUUGAGUUUUUGAAUAGUGGAAGUUGAAAUAAUACUACUUAUUUACGUGCUCUUGAGUCUGUCAGACCCCCUUAGUCUGAAACGUGUUACCUAUUCAUUGUACUUGGUUAUUCUCCUGUAAUUUUUAGUAUAGGCUGGAUACUGUAUGCAUUUUAGCUUUUGACAAGCUAAUUUCGUGAUGACUAACUGCAAUCUACCUUGAACCACUGGGUUAUCUGGCCAGGAAUCCUAAGACCAGGCAUUGUAUAAUAUACUUGAAUAUAGGAUGAUUGAUCUAAAGUUCAGAUUUUUAAUAUAUACCUUUUGCAUAUGGCAGAUAUCAUUUCUGUAAAUGUCAUUCACUACUUCAACUGCAUCUGGCAAUAUAUACUGAAAAUAAGAAUUUAUUACUAAUUUACUGCUUUGGUAGAAAAUCAAUCCUUAUGCCAUGCUUUGACUGGGUAUAUAGCUAUUUGGCUGUUCAGGCUUCUGGAUGUCAUUAAAAGUCAUUAGCUUGAGUAGCCCUCAGCCAAAUCACAUUUCUUUGGCUUUGCUUUCUUUGAAGCUGUUAAUCAGCAAAUGGCUUAUUAGUCAAUCCAGUAAAAGAGAAUGUUCCAAUAAUCAUGAUCACAUCAGUACUGAGUUUGACAUAGUGGUAGCUUUCUGAUAAGCUUGUCUCUGAAAUAUAAUUCCACAUUCUUGAAACCAUCCAGGCGGCAAACACUUGAUAAACAUAAUGAAAAGUUGAUUUUUGUUUUAGUAGUUCGGAUUACUUAGAUUAACUAAACGUUUGUAAAGAAUGUUUAAGAUUAGGCUGCAAGAAGUUGUAAAUGUUGUCUUGGUCGUUGACCUGAUUGUUCAAGUCUUUGGCCAUUUUAGUUUAUCCUGUUGCAAUGCUGGAAUUUUGACACAGGGCAUCUGUGUAAAUUGCAGUAUUCUCUGGUGAAAGCUGAAUUUAGUUCACAAAGCAAACAGCAAGAUUAACACUUAAUGCAAUAUUAGAGCUGAAGUGUUGGUCAUGCUUGUAUUCUGUUUUUGGGAGAUAUAUUUGCUAAAUCAAAAAAAUUCUGUUUGGACUGAGCAACGAAAUAUGCUUGCUGUGUAAAAGGCAGUCUUUGGCUUGUCCCUAGUGCUGAAAUCAUGUUUCAAUUCUUUAUAUUGGACGAGUGGGAUCUGAAAAUAGAUAGUUAAGUGUCUGCACUGUAUUCCUUCUUGAUUAUCUUCUACAAGACUGAGUUUUUUCAGUUCAAUUUGGCUACAAUAUUUUGAGCAUCUGUGCAGGAGAGUGAUGCCAGAACAUAAUAGGGAUACUUGGUGUCUAUUAGUGUUGUAAAACAGGUUAGAAUCACUUCUAAGAUGACUGUAACUUCCCUUAUGCCUGAUUUGGCAUCAUCUUUCUGUGCCAACUUGGUCAAUUUAUUGGCCUCUUCAAAGCUUUAGAAUUAUUAAUUUUUGAAUUGUUUUAACCUUGUUUUCAUAAUGCCUUAUUUGCCAAAGUGAAGCUUGGCUUAAUGCAUAACUUUUGCUUUGCACCUUUCUGUGGAGCUUUGCAGGCAAGUCAGUACAAAAGUACAGUUGUUUUUCUGGUGUAAUUCACUGAUACACAUCAGUUGUGUGAAAGAUACAUUUUCUCUGUAUCCUGCCACCAGUUAACUUACUCCUUCCCCAUAAUUAUUAGUCUAUGGGUGCUACUGUGGAAACAGUGGCACUGAGACUACUGGGGAAUUCAAUUUUUUUUCUGUUCUGGAUCACAUUUAGACUGGUUUUGUAUGACAAAGUUUUCUGAUGUAAUGUGAUCUGUGAUAAUUAGUUAACAGUUGGUGUUGUGUUCACACUAACUUGAUGUGUUCU